AUGGAAAGAUACUUGAAACCUGACAGAUUGAAUGUAGACCCAAAUUCUACAAAUGCUGAUAAAACUUUUAAUCACUGGUUUAGAAGUUUCACCAACUUUAUAGACUCACUACUAGGGCAAGAAGGUAGGAUUAUCGAUAAACUCAAUCUUUUGAUUAUUUAUGUGGAACUGAACGUAUACAAAUUCAUCAGUGAAGCUAAGAACUACGAACAAGCUGUGAAUACACUAAAGAAUAUGUACAUUAAACCAAAGAACAUCGUAAUGGCACGCCGUCUUUUAGCCACAAGAAAACAGAAACCAGGGGAAUCUGUAGACCAGUUCUUAAACAAACUCAAAAUAUUAGCGAAAGACUGUGACUUUGUUGCAGUGAGUGCUGAGCAGUACCGAUCUGAAAUGAUUCGAGAUGCAUUUAUAAAUGGGCUCACUUUGAAUCAAAUAUGA